AUGGAUGAGAUCAGAAGUGAUGACAUAGAGAAGCAUGAUGAAGUUAUGUUACCUGGAUUCAGGUUUCAUCCAACAGAUGAAGAGCUUGUCAGGUUUUACCUUAAAAGAAAAAUCCAGCAGAAGUCUCUCCCCAUUGAGCUCAUCAGGGAGCUAGACAUCUACAAAUAUGAUCCAUGGGAUCUCCCAAAACUAGCGAGUACUGGAGAGAAGGAAUGGUAUUUCUACUGUCCAAGGGAUAGGAAGUACCGGAACAGCACAAGACCAAACAGGGUAACUGGAGCAGGCUUCUGGAAGGCCACUGGAACUGACAGGCCAAUCUACUCUUCUGAUGGGAGCAAGUGCAUAGGCUUGAAGAAAUCUCUUGUCUUCUACAAAGGUAGAGCAGCCAAAGGUGUCAAAACCGACUGGAUGAUGCAUGAAUUCAGGUUGCCAUCACUCACUGACCCAUCACUGCCGCAGAAGAAGCCACUGGAGAAGACCAUUCCACCAAAUGAUUCCUGGGCGAUCUGCAGGAUUUUCAAGAAAACCAAUUCAACAGCACAGAGAGCUCUCUCGCACUCCUGGGUAUCUCCUCCACUAUCCAGCACAAAUGAAAACUACACUCGGCCUUCCUCACAGGCUACACAGAGAAGUCAUCACAGCUCAGAGAACACAUCCUCUACGAUGACAGACAUCAUCUCCUCCAUCCAGUUCACUGGCAGCAGUUACAUGCCUUCAAUAGUUUCCUCUUGCCGCAACCCUGCGAGCAUCAUUGACAGCAGCAGCAGGCCGGCUGCAUCCCUUGUGCACCCCUCAUCUGGUGCAGAACAUCACACCAUGAGUGUCCUCUCAGCAAUCCCGCUUGAUCUUCCAGCUGGGAUGGACAUUGCAUCAAUGGUCCUCAAUGCAUCACCCAUUACACUCCAGAACCUAGAUAGGAUUCCCACAAACAUUGAGUUUGGUCAACCACACCACCCCAGCAACAGCAGCAGCAUGGCCAACAGAUGCACGGUUGAUUUGCCUGACAUUGGCAACAGUGUCACUGCCGCUCCACGGUCAAUCAACUUCCCAUUCAACCUGCAAGGAGCGCUGCCAGAUGACUGGAGGACGACCUUGCCUUGGGACUCUCUCCCUUGCACAACCGAGGUCUCAACAAAUUACCAGUCGACCAAGUGCUAUACUUAG